AUGGAUCCAGGGAACCUCACUUGGGUGUCAGAGUUCAUCUUCCUGGGACUCUCACAGACUCAUGAACUUCAGCUCUUCUUGUUUCUGGUGUUCUUGUUUGUCUACAGCAUGACUGUGGUGGGAAACCUCCUCAUCAUAGUCACAGUGACCUCAGAUUCCAGGCUCCACACACCUAUGUACUUCCUGCUCCGCAAUCUCGCUGUCAUAGACCUCUGCUUCUCCUCAGUCACUGCCCCCAAGAUGUUGGUGGACUUCCUCUCUGAGAGGAAAACCAUCUCCUACCAAGGCUGCAUGGCCCAGGUCUUCUUCUUCCACUUUCUGGGAGGGGCCAUGGUCUUCUUCCUCUCAGUGAUGGCUUAUGAUCGCCUUGUGGCCAUCUCCCGGCCCCUCCACUACGUCACCAUCAUGAAUACUCAGCUCUGUAUGGGAUUGGUGGUGACAGCAUGGGUAGGGGGCUUUGCCCAUUCCAUUGUCCAGCUGUCACUGAUGCUCCCACUGCCCUUCUGUGGCCCCAAUGUCCUGGAUAACUUCUACUGUGAUGUCCCCCAAGUGCUGAGACUUGCCUGCAUGGACACCUCCCUCCUGGAGUUCCUCAUGAUCUCCAACAGUGGGAUGCUGGAUGUCAUCUGGUUCCUUCUCCUUCUCAUCUCCUACUUGGUCAUCCUGGUGAUGCUGAGGUCGCACUCAGGAGAGGCCAGGAGGAAGGCGGCUUCCACCUGCACCACCCACAUCAUCGUGGUGUCUAUGAUCUUCAUUCCAAGCAUUUACCUGUAUGCCCGGCCCUUCACUCCCUUCCCCAUGGACAAGGCUGUGUCCAUCAGCCACACAGUCAUGACUCCCAUGCUCAACCCCAUGAUCUACACCCUCAGGAACCAGGAGAUGCAGGCAGCCAUGAAGAGACUAGCAAAGCGCUUAGCAAGUUGCAACAGGGAGUGA